AUGCACCACACGCAUGUCCUGAUUGAAUACGGCUCUGCUCUGACCCCCUACAGCCUCGCCGUGAUUGGUCGGGACGCGCUGGGCUCCUUGACUCAGCGGCAGCACUGGUGGUGGCUCGGUAGUGGUGCUGCCGACUGUUCCGGGACGUGUUUCAACAGAUGGUGGAGGUUGGAGAGUGUCAUCACAUUGGAGAGGGGAUUAGAGGAGAGAGAGCAGGACCCGGCAAAGAAGCAACACGCGGACGAGGACUCUCACUUGGAAUCAAUUCUGCUCCCUUUGCCUCCAGUUGACUGUGGCGCUGGGAGCAGCAGUGUGAGUUUGGGGCCUCUCUAG